AUGACCGCCGCGCCUUACAACUACUCUUAUAUCUUCAAAUACAUCAUCAUUGGUGACAUGGGAGUGGGCAAGUCGUGUUUGCUGCACCAAUUCACCGAGAAGAAAUUCAUGGCUGACUGCCCACACACCAUCGGUGUCGAAUUUGGCACCAGGAUCAUGGAGGUCCAUGGCCAGAAGGUCAAGCUGCAGAUCUGGGACACUGCGGGCCAGGAGCGCUUCAGAGCCGUCACCAGGUCCUACUACAGAGGGGCUGCCGGGGCCCUCAUGGUCUAUGACAUUACCAGGAGAAGCACCUACAAUCAUCUCAGCAGCUGGUUGACAGAUGCCAGGAAUCUGACCAAUCCUAACACGGUGAUCAUUUUGAUUGGCAACAAAGGCGACCUUGAAGCACAGAGAGACGUCACGUAUGAGGAAGCCAAACAAUUUGCCGAUGAGAAUGGUUUGCUGUUCCUUGAAGCCAGCGCCAAGACAGGCGAGAACGUGGAGGAGGCUUUCCUCGAGGCGGCCAAGCGGAUCUACCAGAACAUCCAGGACGGCAGCUUGGACCUGAAUGCCGCCGAGUCGGGAGUGCAGCACAAGCCGUCAGCGCCGCAGGGGGGACGACUCAAUGCGGACAGCCAACCACCCAAAGACGGAUGCAGCUGCUAA